CCUGUCUGUCUGUCUGUGUUCAGUCAGUGGGUCAACAGCAUCUCUUCAUCUCUGCUACACUUUACUUUCACCACUAACUACCGUCCAUCAUGAGGGAAAUCGUGCACAUCCAGGCCGGCCAGUGCGGGAACCAGAUUGGUGCAAAGUUCUGGGAGGUGAUCAGCGAUGAGCACGGCAUCGACCCAACAGGAACCUACCAUGGAGACAGUGACCUGCAGCUGGACAGGAUCAGUGUGUAUUACAACGCAGCCACUGGUGGGAAGUAUGUGCCCAGAGCCAUCCUAGUUGACCUGGAACCAGGAACCAUGGACUCGGUCCGCUCUGGACCCUUUGGACAAAUCUUCAGACCUGACAACUUUGUCUUUGGACAAAGCGGAGCAGGAAACAACUGGGCCAAAGGUCACUACACAGAGGGGGCCGAGCUGGUGGAUUCGGUGCUGGAUGUGGUGAGAAAAGAGGCUGAAAGCUGUGAGUGUCUGCAGGGUUUCCAGCUCACGCACUCUCUGGGAGGAGGCACCGGCUCCGGCAUGGGCACCCUGCUCAUCAGCAAGAUCAGGGAGGAGUACCCUGACCGCAUCAUGAAUACCUUCAGUGUGGUGCCCUCUCCUAAGGUAUCAGACACGGUGGUCGAGCCAUACAAUGCCACGCUGUCAGUCCACCAGCUGGUAGAAAACACAGAUGAGACCUACUGCAUUGACAAUGAAGCCCUUUAUGACAUUUGCUUCCGCACUCUCAAACUCACAACACCCACCUACGGCGACCUCAACCACCUGGUUUCAGCCACCAUGAGCGGCGUGACCACCUGCCUGCGUUUCCCCGGCCAGCUCAACGCUGAUCUGAGGAAACUAGCUGUCAACAUGGUUCCCUUCCCUCGUCUGCACUUCUUCAUGCCCGGCUUUGCUCCUCUGACCAGCAGGGGGAGUCAGCAGUACCGCGCCCUGACCGUGCCCGAGCUCACCCAGCAGGUGUUUGACGCCAAAAACAUGAUGGCGGCUUGCGACCCUCGCCACGGACGCUACCUGACGGUGGCUGCCGUGUUCCGUGGCCGCAUGUCCAUGAAGGAGGUGGAUGAGCAGAUGCUGAAUGUCCAGAACAAGAACAGCAGCUACUUUGUGGAGUGGAUCCCCAACAACGUCAAGACAGCCGUGUGUGACAUCCCGCCACGUGGCCUCAAGAUGGCUGUCACCUUCAUCGGCAACAGCACAGCCAUCCAGGAGCUGUUCAAACGCAUCUCUGAGCAGUUCACCGCCAUGUUCCGCCGCAAGGCCUUCCUCCACUGGUACACCGGCGAGGGCAUGGACGAGAUGGAGUUCACGGAGGCAGAGAGCAACAUGAACGACCUGGUGUCCGAGUACCAGCAGUACCAGGACGCCACGGCCGAGGAAGAGGGGGAGUUUGAGGAAGAAGUGGAAGAGGAUGCCUAAAAACAUAACAUGAGCUGAAAAAAGAGAAGAAGUGAAAAAUCAACAACAAAAAAGUCUCAAAAAAAGUAAAAAUAAGUGAUAUGAAAUGAAGGAAUGUAACAGAACGGAUGAGGAAGGCUGGUUAGAGAAGCAUGAGGGUCUGAAUUGGUUAAUGGAGGGAUAGAAUCCAUGGCAAGAAGAAUAAAAGUUGAAUGUAAGCAGAGAAGGGGACGAGAAACAGGAAACAAAAUCACGUGACCAAAUUAAUGUGCCAUGUUUUACAGUUUAUUUUGACACCACGUAGGCCGGUUUAACUAAGAGUAGCUUCCUAAAAUCAUUUCAUUACACUUGUCUUGUAGCAAAUGCACAAAUCAGAAGCAUUUAAACUUCACUUUCAUCACGUAACAAGACGUUACGACGUAAUAAGACUAUUUACUGUUUCCUGCAAAGUAAAAUCAGUUACUCUGGAAUAUUCAAAGUAAUUGUGGUGGCUUCAGACUUUAAAGUUAAUUCCACAUUGAUCAAAUGUGCUAAAUGUUUAAAUCCCUGAUUUAAAAUGUAAUAUUGCAUUUACACUCACAACCUAGCUUCUAAAUGUUUCCAUAUUGAUGUGACAUUACCUUCAUGAGAAACAGUAUUUUACAUUUAUUGAAAAAAUGAUGUGCUUCUUCCUGAUCAUAUGAUGAUACAGUGCAGAGUAAGCAAGACAACCUGGAAUAACAUCCAAAUAACUUUGGAUGUUAUUCAAGGGUUAAAGCAUUUAAACAAGGGUGAAGUCAAAGAAUGUCACAUGUUAGAAAACUGCGACUUAGAUUGUUUUGGGGAAACCAGACCUGUAACCUUGAAACUUAGAUAUGAAAUCAAACCAUUAUCAGUGUUAAUUUCUUUUAAUCAGUGUUAUAUAUUUUUAUUUGCACUCAUUGCUUUUGCCAUCUUUUGUCAGCUUUCAAGAUCCGCUCUCAGAGAUAAAUGUGAAUUUGGAAAGUCGGUGGGACGACACUGUCAGUAUUUUUUUCUCUCAGUGAGGCACAUACUCCAAGUAAAUUGAUCAGCAGGUGUUUUAAUGAUUUUGUCACAUCCUUUGUAAGACUGUGUGAGAGAUCCUCAUUGUUUUCUCACUUUAAUUGUAACUUAUUUUAUUCAGAAAGCACAAAACUAAAUGUGUUUAAAAGUGAGAUUUAACAAGUUUCUUAAUUUUGUGUUGUUGCACAACCUGCAUACAAUUGAACAUAUUUUAUAUCAGUAAUUGCAAAAUUGUUAAUCAGGACAAAGCUCUGAUUAAUUGAAUUCCUGACCAGAUUUUAGUCAGAUACAUGUUCACAGCAGCAGUGGCAGGAUUUUUCUCAGACGUCAGCCAACGUCAUGAGGAGGAUCACACACUGCAGACGCCCAGAAGGUCAGGUCAAGGAACGCUGAGUACCUGAUAUUUAAGACUAAAAAAGACUUACUCCAAACACGAAUGACCAUAAAUGUAUUAGGAUUAAUUCAACAUCCAGCGUUCUGCCUCUUGGUGCCCAGAAAUCUUCAGUUUCACAGCUCAGCUUCUGAUGCUCGUGUAUAUUUGACAUCACACCAAAUCAAUUUACCAUUUUAAUUAUUAAGGAUUGAACCAUUUUCAAAAAUAACUGAGUGCUUUUACUUUUGAAAGAAAAGGGGAAGACACCACUUUGCAGUUGUGAUUGAUGUGAAGAAGUGCACAAUGUUCACACUCUGAGCCGCUGUAGUAUUCAAAUCAAACUGAUUAGUGUUUAUGUCUGUGUGUGCUUUGUUGUUUGCUAGUAUUUUUUUUUAAUUCCUGUGGGACAAUUUGGAUCCAAGUGACUGUGAAACAUUUACAAGAAAUAAAAAGGCAUUUGUAGGAAAAA